CGUCAGUUACCAGUGGGUCUUCAGUUCUUCACUGAUCAGUGUCAACCGACUUGCUUGUUGCCACGAUGGUUGUCGGCAAAGUCACACUGGAGUACCCGGUUGCCGUGUCGGUCGAGCUGCUGUGGAAGGUGGCGUUCUCCGGCGACGUGUCCAUCUUCACCAAGGCCUGCGUCGGCAUGAUUGACGACGUGGAGGUCGACGGCGACGGCGGGCCCGGGAGCGUCACCACCAUGAAGCUCAACCCUGCCGUGGGCGACGCGAAGGUGUUCAAGACCCGGCUCCUGUCGCGUGAUGCGGCGGCACGCGUGGUGGAGUCGGAGAUGGUGGUGGAGGGCAGCGAGCUGUCCGUGCAGUUCAAGUCGCAGGUGUCCGAGGUGAAGGUGGUGCCGGCCGACGAGAGUGCCAGCGUGGUGCACAUGACGGUGGAGUACGAGCGGGUGGAUGGCGCGCUGCUGCCGCCGGAGGAUGAGGCCAGGAUCGGGCAGGGCUACCUCGGCCUCAUCAAGAAGGUGGAGGAGUACCUCGUCGCGCACCCCACCGAAUUCGCCUAAAGCUACCAUGAGC